AUGUCUCUACCAAUUGUUGGUAUUCAAUUAGACGGAAUAUGGCAUACGUCCGUCGUUGUCCAUGGAUUCGAGUGGUAUUAUGGAAAUGGAAUAAAUGCUGAAUUACCGGGCCAAACCAUUAUGGGAACACCACACCAAAAAAUAGACAUGGGUGUUACAGAGAUUCCCGAAGACAUAUUCUUUGAAUAUAUCGAAGAGUUGAGACAAAUAUAUACUUUUGAUAAAUAUCACCUAUUGGACAAUAAUUGUAAUACUUUUUCGAACGCAGUUUGUGAGUUUUUAGUGGGUAAAUCUAUUCCGUCUCAUAUUACAAACCUACCGGAUGACAUUUUACAAACACCCAUGGGUCAAAUGAUUCGACCUUACAUUGACGCGAUGUUCAAUCCAAGGCCCCCGCAAUGA